AUGCAGUUUGAUUUAUACAAAUCAUGGUUUAAAUAUAUACUUCCGUUGGCCACAUUUGCUAUCUUAAUCUAUGGAACAUGGGCUUAUUGUCAUAAAUUUUGUUACGACCAACUAUACAAACGAUUGCAUCGCCAUGCCACUGCAAUUGUAUUCAUGUGCAUAGAAUGCUGUUUAUCUCUUCUGAUUUUCUUAAUGUGGUUACAGAUAAUCCUGUUGCAACAACCGUUGAAACAACCUACUGUACCACCAUAUAUGAUUUUCAAUGAUAAUACUAAUUCAAAUAAUCGAGUCAUAUCAACGAAACCACCAUUAUACUAUCAAUGCGAUCCCAAUGGGUAUCCAAUUUGGUGUACAUAUUGUCAAAGCUUAAAAUUGGAAAGAGUUCAUCAUUCAAGACAGUUAGGUUAUUGUAUAUUUAGAUUUGAUCACUAUUGUGCAUGGAUUGGGACUGUAAUUGGUAGGAACAAUUAUCGACUUUUCAUUCAAUAUGUGUUUUAUUAUAACUUGUUAUUGGCAUGGAUUUGGUUAUCAAUAUCUGCUUUUAUUAGAUCAAUUGUUACUUUUAAUGAGGGCGAAGAUAGGAUAUUGAAUGGGAAUAUUAUUGUGAUUAUCAUUCUUAGUUGCAUUUUUUGGUUAAUGACUGGUGCAUUAUUUGUUACACAUAUUUAUUAUAUGAUCAAUAAUAAGACCUCAUUAGAGGUAUUAGCAAGCAAACAUGCAUCAAAAGGAAGAGGGAUGAAGAUUAAGUCAAAAUUGGAAUUAAUAGUUAACAAGACAGAAGGAGCAAGUGCUAAAGAUGAGAAUACAAACAUCAGUUCGAAUCUAGAUACACAUAAUAAAUAUUUGUGUUACUUCAACUCAAAUGACCGAUUCAGAUACGUAUUCGGAAUGACUACUCCGGACUUCAAUCAAUGUUGGAAAAAGGACACUACUAGAGCCAACCUGAAUGAAUUUUUGGGGAAAAAUAUUAUAACAUGGUUUAUACCAUGGGGGUCUCCCAUAAGGAAAGCAGGAGAGAACCAAGGAAUUCAAGAUCUCGAAGGUUGUUUAGCUGAAGAAUCACAUCGAUAUGGUGUCCAGAAGAUAAUUGGAGCCUAUGGGGAAAAGCUGAGCGAGAAGACAAUUGAAAACUUCCAACAACAGAUUACAGAGGGGAACUACGUUACAAGAUUUCAGGCGUAUGGGGAUCAAAUAUCAACGCAAGGGGAACAACCAUCUUGA